UCAACCAUGGAACUUGGCAUUAGAAAUAUUCAAAAGGAAACAGAAAAUACCAACAGAAAAAAACAAAUCAAAGAAAAAAAAACUUGGUAUAAAAAGGGUGGAGUAUCCAAAAGUUAUUUGAAUUGCUGAGUGGUAAUUCCAUCAACUAUCAACAAAACAACUAAUCCCCUUUUCUGGGGUACCCAUACUUCUUGAAUAAGUGCAAAUUUUGAUGUUCCAAAAAAAAAAAGUUUAAGUUAGCUUAUGGGUUAUUGACCAUGAUCAAUGAGAUAGCUUCGCGGUGUGAUGGUUCUUGAGAAGGAGGAAACAAAUAGAUAGCUUAUGGAAGCUAUAGGGAGACAUGCAUAAGCUAUCAGAAAAGCUGUCAUCUGUAUGGAGUAUAACCUUACAAAAACAAAAGAAAAACAAUGGAAAUGAUGCAGGUUUGCAAGUUCUUUACAGAUAAUCAGUGAUACGGAUACCCUCCAGAAAUGAUUGUUUCUGCUCUUCUGACAUCUGUUGGAAUAAACUCCGUUCUCUGUAUAUUAUUCUUUGCACUUUAUUCCAUCUUAAGAAAACAGCCAGGGUAUCUUUAUGUAUAUGUACCGCGCUUAUUGGCUGCAAAUGGAAUUGAAAAGAAUCUUCAUAUCCGCCUAAGACGGAUGAUACCUUCCCCUGGUUGGGUGAAAAAAGCAUGGAAUCUUACUGAAGAGGAGUUAUUGUCAACUUCAGGCUUGGAUGCUGUAGUUUUCACAAGGAUUAUUGUCCUCUGUUUGAAAAUAUUUUCUUUCGCUGGGAUUAUAGGGCUCUUUGUUCUUCUUCCAAUAAAUUGUGCUGGGACGCAGCUUGCAGCAUUUGAUAUUACUGCCAUCUCCGGUGAAACCCUGGAUUUAUUUACCAUUUCCAAUGUCAACAAUGGGUCUAAAAUGUUGUGGGCACACUGUACUGCUGUAUACUUGAUUACUGUCUUUGUUUGUUUUCUUCUUUAUCAUGAAUAUGAUUACAUUUCUUCGAAGAGGAAUGCAUAUUUUUAUUCAUCUAAACCUCAGCCACAUCAAUAUACAAUAUUAGUACGUGGGAUCCCUGUAAGUCCAGGGAGCAGUGUGAGUGAGAGUGUUGGCAAUUUCUUUAAGGAGUAUCAUUCGUCUACUUAUUUAUCUCAUGUGGUGAUUCAUCGGACAAAUAGAUUAUUCUUUCUCAUUGAUUACGUGAAGAAAAUCUAUCGAAGAUUCAAGCAUAAACAAUCAGAACCUGUCAAAGAAUAUUCCAGAUUUGAUGAUUCCUUUGGAGUGCAAAAAUCUAAUCUUGAGAACGGGGAUCUAGAAGAGAGCCUGAUAACAGAGCAGUGGGAUGCUUCUUUUUCUGGGCAAGAAGUACGUUCUGCUUUUGUAUUCUUCAGAUCUAGAUUUGGUGCUGCAAUUGCUUCACGUUUACAACAAUCUGAGAAACCUACAGAAUGGGUUACGGAGCAAGCCCCUGAGCCAGAUGAUGUGUACUGGCCAUUUUUCCAAGCAACGUUCUUGCAAAGAUGGAUGUCUAGAGUGGUGAUAAUAGUCGCAAGCACACUUCUGACUGUUCUAUUUCUUAUACCAGUUGUACUAGUGCAAAGUCUUGCCAAUCUGUCCCAACUGGAGGUCUGGUUCCCCUUCCUGGCAAGCAUUUUAACCGCAAAAGUGACCCGUCAAAUAGUCACAGGCUAUCUUCCAAACCUUAUUCUUCAGAUAUUUGUAAAGCUGGUGCCUCCUGUCAUGGAGUUCCUUUCAUCAAUUCAAGGAUAUAUAUCUUUCAGUGAGAUACAAAGAAGUGCAUGUGACAAGUUCCUUUGGUUCAUUAUAUGGAACAUCUUUUUUGCUAAUGUGCUUUCUGGGUCAUUUAUCAACCUUUUUUCUGUUCUCCUUGAUCUCAGAAACAUUCCUUCACAUUUAGCAGUCACCGUCCCAGCACAGGCAUCUUUCUUUAUUGCUUAUGUCGUCACUUCGGGAUGGACCAGCACAUCAUCUGAUCUCUUUCGUAUAAUUCAACUUAUCCAAAGCUUAUUGCGAAAGUGUUGCUGCUGUAAUAGAACAGCUUCCGAUGAAUUUGAACUUCCAUAUAUUUAUUACCACAGGGAGAUCCCCAAGAUUCUGUUUUUUGGACUUUUGGGUAUUACAUACUUUUUCCUGGCUCCGCUCAUCUUGCCGUUCUUGUUGGUGUACUUCCUCCUUGCAUACAUAAUUUUCAAAAAUCAGUUUCUUUAUGUAUAUGCCCCGAAGUUUGAAACUGCUGGUAAAUUUUGGCCUACCGUACAUAACUGCAUGAUAUUUUCGCUGGUGCUGAUGCAUGCUAUCGCUCUGGGCAUCUUUACAGUGAAGAAACUUUCAUCAGCAUCAACAUUAAUUUUCCCUCUUCCGGUACUUACACUUCUAUUUAAUGAGUAUUGCCGGAAACGUUUCCUGCCGAACUUUGUCGCAUACUCUGCUGAGAGUUUGAUAAAGAAGGACAGAGAAGAUUUAAAUGAUUCAGAAAUGCCGCAGUUCUUUAGUGAGCUGAUUACUGCCUAUAUGGAUCCUGCAUUAUCUCCAUUGCAGUGCUCAGAUUUCGAUGGUCACGGAGUCCCUAGUUUCUCUGAUAUCUCCAAUGAUCAUAUAGCUCCGCUUCUCUCUCAUGCUUGAAUACUAAGUAUGAUCAUGCCUGCAACUUGUGUGUUCGUUCUAAUCAGCGUUCUCAAGUUAAUGGAGGUUUACACAAUCUAAGCUUCCCCAGCAAAAAGAAGAUUUUCAGUCAUUAUUACCAUUGCAUUUCUGCUUCUGAAUGUAUAUAUUUGCCGUGAAGGCAAGCUUGUGCAUGGAUAUGAUGAUGCAUGAGCCAAAGCAGCUAUAGUAUUGUAUAUUUGUUUGCCUAUUUGUACGUAGCGAUUUUUUUAGCAUAUUUCAGCCGAUGGUUGAAAAUAGUUGGGUGAGUGAGGGGAGCUCAGGUGGUUACUAGUUCGAAACUCACUAACGGCAGGAUCAUCAUCGAAUAGAUUGUAUACAGUAUACAUGUAUCAUUGUAUAUUAGGUAUCGUCAGGGCAUUUGUUGCACUCUGCAUUACAAAAAAAAAUUCAAAAUAAUUGAAAAUUUCAAGUUGUUCAUUACUUCGCUGCAAAUUAAAAGAACUAUGUACUUUUAUGUAAUUGUAAAGAAACAAUUUGAAUCAUCAUUUGAUUAUCA